UUGACGUUAUUGGAAGUUUAAAGAUUUACCGUUAGUAAUGUAAUGCAUAAGAUAUUUCAUCUUAAAUUAAUUAAAUUGAGAACAUCCAAUCUACACGAUAUAAACGUUGACGUAACAGUUCCUGAAUAGCUUUAUUUAUAUGAAUUGCAUCAAAAUGGAAGUAGACGGUACCACGGAGAUCAAGAGACACAGCAGCUUUACCAACCCAACAAAACGAGCUCCAAUAUCUAAAAGAGUAGGAAGAGAACGCUGCCACAGUUACCAUAAUAGUGAUGCCGCAGUAGAACCUCCAAAAAUGUCGUUUAGAGUGGUUCGUAGUUCAAAGUUCCGCCACGUUUACGGGCAAGCCAUGAAAAGGGAACAGUGUUAUGAUAACAUAAGAGUGUCCAAGAGUUCAUGGGACUCGACGUUUUGUGCAGUGAACCCCAAGUUCCUGGCCAUCAUCGUCGAGUCGGCCGGUGGAGGCGCCUUCAUAGUCCUGCCCCAUAAUAAGGUGGGCCGCAUCCCCGCCGACCAUCCGCUGGUGGGAGGCCACAAGGGGCCCGUGUUGGACAUUGCGUGGUGCCCGCACAAUGACAACGUCAUCGCCAGCGGCUCCGAGGACUGCGUCGUCAAGGUGUGGCAGAUCCCGGACGGCGGUCUGUCGCGCACACUGACGGAGCCGGUGGUAGACCUGGUGUACCACCAGCGCCGCGUGGGGCUCGUUCUGUGGCACCCCACCGCGCAGAACGUGCUACUCACCGCCGGCUCCGACAACCAGAUAGCGAUAUGGAACGUGGGCACGGGCGAGGUGCUGCUGAGCCUGGACUGCCACCCGGACCUCAUCUACUCGGCCUGCUGGAACUGGACCGGCUCCAAGCUGCUCACUACCUGCCGGGACAAGAAGAUCAGAAUCAUAGACCCCCGUAAGGGUGAAGUGGAAUCGGAGGCGAUCGCCCACGAGGGUAGCAAGGCGUCUCGCGCCAUAUUCCUGAAACACGGCCUCGUGUUCACAACAGGGUUCAGCCGCAUGUCGGAGCGCCAGUACACGCUGCGCACGCCGGACGAGCUGAGCGAGCCCAUCGUCACGGUGGAGAUCGACACCAGCAACGGCGUCAUGUUCCCGCUCUACGACCCCGACACCAACCUCAUCUACCUGUGCGGCAAGGGCGACUCCGUCAUCCGCUACUUCGAGGUGACGCCGGAGCCUCCCUUCGUGCAUUACAUCAACACGUUCCAAACGCCCGACCCGCAGAGAGGUAUCGGCAUGAUGCCCAAGCGGGGCUGCGACGUGGCGACGUGCGAGAUCGCCAAGUUCUACCGGCUCAACAACUCGGGCCUCUGUCAGGUGGUGUCUAUGACGGUGCCGCGCAAGUCGGAGCUGUUCCAGGAGGACCUGUACCCCGACACGCUCAGUGACGAGGCGUCGCUCACGGCCGACGAGUGGCUCGCGGGCGAGGACGCCGAGCCCUGCACCAUGUCGCUCAAGGAGCGCGCGCUUGUUGUGCAGGGCGGCUACGUGGCCGGGCGCGCCACCACGCUCACCGUCACCAAGCGCAACGCGCUGGCCACGCCGCGCGAGCGCGACGCCGACGAGCGCGAGCCCACGCCGGCGCCCGCGCCCGCCACGCCGCCGCCCGCCUUCGCCGCCGUCGUGGAGAAACAAAUGUCCGACCUAAUGGAAGAGAUCCGCAAGCUCAAGUCCGUGAUCGUCAAGCAAGAGAACCGCAUCCGCGCGCUCGAGGCCACCGUCAAGGCGGCCGCGCCCGCACCCGCGCCUUCGCCCUCGCCCGCGCCCGCGCCCUCUCCCUCGCCCGCGCCCGCCGCGCCCUCGCCCUCCGCGGCUCCCGACCACAACCACGACGAGGACAUGGCGCCCGACGAGGUGUGAGCCGAGGAGCGUGCUGGCGUGCGAUCGAACCAAUUGUAACCGAGUAGUACGAACGCCUGCACUCACAAGCGUGCCACGUGACCUAGAUGGCGGCACCACGGAGCGUGUCUGUGAAUGCGGGUGCGUUUUGACACCGAACACCAACCUUACAGAAGAGUGUAUAUUUGAAUUAUCAGUUCGGUUCGAACCCGAGAGCAGUAAUAGUACUUUUCGACUGGAUUUUUUGUAAUAUUAUGUUAAGUGAAAAGUUCUGUAAGUUUGGUGAAAAAACGAAUAAUCUGAUUGUAAAAUAAGAAGUUCUUAUUUAAUAAACUUUAAAUAUUCUGUAUAGAAUCUACCGCAGUAUCGGAUACUACUCAAUAAUGAGAUUUUUAUUUCAUUAACUUGCAAUUGGUUUGAUCGAAACAAAUAUACUAAAUAAGAGAGGUUCACUUCGGUCGUGUUUUUCAUAUUUGAUGAUAUAUUUUUCUAUCGUAACGUUUUUAAACGAAGGGAAUAUAUGGAAACCACACAGUUUGAUGAUUAAAUUUUCUACAACAUGAAAGUUGCAUUCGGUGACGUUGACACCUCUUCCUACAGCAAAUGUCAAGUUCGACGUCAAACUCCACAGCUUAUAAGGCUCUGAUUGAUAUAUUAGAUUAUUGUUAUUGAUUUUACAAAUUAUACCGCUUAUUAAGAAAAGAAAAUUAUAUGAACCACAUAUCAUAAUGGCCAUUUUUUUACUAAAAUUACCCAAAUUGAGACAUAUUUUCCACCUAAUUUAGUGGAAAAUAUGCUUGAUAUAAGAUUUAGAAGUAUUUUUUUAAUAAGGCCUAAAGUAAUCUUCCUCUACUAUUUAUUGACACGCUCUCGAAGCAAACGUUACUUACGUUACGAAAGUUGAAUACCUAACCAGAUAUGUCGUCAGUUAACGUCCUACCGCAGACUGGCGCGUUGCUUCGUAUGAAACGUUGGUAAAAUAUGCAAGAACUUUUUUGCAAAAGUAAUAUUACGCGGUAGUUAGUAUGAAUGUUUGAUACUAAAUAAAUAAAUAAACGUUUCAACUUUUACCCAGAUAAGGCAUGAUGCAUAGUAUCAUGCCUGAUUUGGGAAUCUCAAAUAUUCAUCAAAUAUUAUUGUCCGUACAUAUCUGAUGAAUGAUGUUUUGAUAUCGCCAACUUCGUUGUUUCAACUUUAGUGGCGGAGAACUGUAUUGAUUUAUAUUUUAUUAUUUCGUAAAAAAAAAGGCUGCGCACAAAUCGCAAUACGAGGAAAUACUAUGUUAAAGUGACCUUAUUUAUCUGCGACCAAAAAUAUGACAGCGUGGCACCGACAGCAGAGAACAUUUUGCGAAAUUAAAAUUAAUACUUAUUUAUCUAUUUAACGUUGUAAAUAUAAAUAUAUAGCGAGUGAUAACAAUAGUGCCUUAUAUGUACGAAGCAGUAACAAGUCUCAAAAACGGAUUUAGAAUAAUUGGUGAUGUGCGGCAAGGUGCAGGCGGUCGGUAAGGUUUGGAUAUUACACCGUAGGUAUUGCAAUCUUAUCUUAAAAGGUAUUUUAUCCUUAACUUUGACUAAGAAGAUAAACACAGACAGACAGAAAGAGCGAAACCCGAGGAAAUUUAUAUAUUUCCGACUAUUUUAUUACAGAUCCGGGAUUCUUAUUCAUUUUGUUCUUAGCCAACAAACUGAGCCAUCAAAAUAAACUGUUUACAUGUUAUUUAUGAUGAGUGACAUUUUAUUGUGACUUAAAUUUAUUUACUGUCUGUACCUUGCCUAUAAGUAUUGCAUUUAGUCAUACACUUCGAGAGAUUUUUUUGGUUUAAUUUUUUUGUAUUUUUUUCUGUAAUGCUGUGCGUGCACACUUAUAACAAUUUUGACUGGAAAUACAUUCAUUUAUAUUCUCAGAUAUGAAAUAUUUUCCAAAUAAUGCAUUGUUAAAAUAGUUUAGUUUGAACUUAUUUGUCACUGACAUGUUGGGAUUGUCAGGAUGUUGGUAAGUGUGCCGGCACACAUUUUAUUAAAAAAAAAAAUUGCUUUUAGCUUUUAAUAAUCAUUAAUAAAGCAAUAUUAUAAUACAAAAUUAUUAUUUAUUCAACUAUGUAAUGAUGAUAAUAUAAUGUAAUCGCCGUUUUUUAGUUUAUGCAAAUGUGAAACAAGAUGGCAUCUUCAUUUUAAUUUUUUAAUUUCUUUGCAUGAUUUUGAACAUUUUAAAUAUGAAUUGGAAAGGUCACAAUUUUAAUGUAGUCUUGUUUUGCAUUUGUAUGUAAUUUAAAUAUGUUUAUCGUAAGUAGGCAAAGAGAAGUCAUCAUUUUAUCGCUAUUUAUAAUAAAGUAACAGUCAUUUUAAUUAUAGUUCAUUGUUAAUAUUGUCGACAUUUUUUUUAACUUGACGUAUUGUGUACCCUGUAUUAAGUUGAUCGGACAUUCAUCGCACGCGCCGAAUCCCGAACGCAUGUUAUGCGCUACUUUUAAUGAGAAUUUAGUAAAGUCAUAGGAGAUCGUUCAAAAAUUUCGCAAAUAUGCGUAUACAAGCGCUUAAGUGUGUCAGGAAAAAAAAGCAUUGUUUUUCUGUUCCAUUUGUACUAAAGAAGUAAUUCGAUCAUUCAAUAUUUAAAAUUAGAACACAAAAUGCGGCGCGUACGGCGCGUGCAAUUUGCGGUCAGCUCUAGAUGUAAGAGUCCGGUAUCGUGGUGCUUAUUAAUAUUUUGAAUUCCGCUUUCGUUUAAUAAUAGAAUAACCGUCGUCGCUAUCAGUAUGAUUAUGACUUUUACUAUAUUAUUUAUCUUUGUAGUGUUAAACUUCACUGUGUAGUGUACUAACACAUGCAUCUCGACACUUAUAAUUUCAUGAAGUAAAUUAAAGGUACUCAUCCUAACUAGUAUAAAUGCGUAUGAUAUCUAUGCAUGUAUGUCACUCUUUGACUCUCUCACUCUUAAGUUCUCAAUCGAACAUUAUGAAAUUUAGCAUAAACUUAGUCAGGGGUACAUAAAAUAAUAUAGGAUAGAGUUCGUUUAUAAAAAAGGACUUAUCCCGAGGGACGUUGUCUGCGCUUUAAAUACGAUAUGAAAACAAGGUAAUUGCCCGACGUUUACUCAGUCUGCAGGUUACACCAACCAUUUCAUUUGCAAAAAAAAUGUUUUCUAGUGAUUAUAGACGAUGUACAAUUAUUCACGAUAGUAAUUAAGUUUUUUUAGAAUAAUAUUAUAUUCAUUUUCUUUAAUCAGAUAUUUAUAGCAUUUUAUUACUAUAGAUUACAUUAUACCAUUACGCAUUAAGUCAACAUGGGUAGGGUUUUAAAUAAAGACUAGUUGAUUUACUUCAUGCAAUUAUAAAUUUAACUUUAAAUAUUUCUUAUUGAUUUUAGUUGUGCUCUCGCUGGCACUCUGGCUUUUUUAACUCGGGUGCGGGGAAGCAAAUUUUAUCCGGUCGAAAGAUCGAGAAGGUUUUCAAAGUCAUCAUUUUGGCCGUUCAUAUUAGCUUAUUACGUAAAAGUAAAACUUAAAGUUAUGAUCGAGAUUUAGUUUGAAUUCCAGCGACAGGGCGCCUUCUAUCGUUGUCUUUAACUCGGCCGAUAAUCAUGAUUGGGGAUCUCACACGUGAUUUGUAGGUGGGGUAACGACCAAGGCUUUAUACAUUUCUCGAAUCCAGAAUCUGUAUACAAAUGCGCAGUAGAGUUGGGGUUCAAUAAAUCCUAAUCAUAGCUUGUGGUUUUGACAGCUAGUCACGUCACAUGAAAUUAACAUUUUUCAUUUCCCCUAGCAUCACACACUUGGUCUUUGGGUCGAUGGGGCCACGAUAGCGUAUUUUGCGCUAAAUACGGAUUGCGUCAACUUAAACAUAUCUUGGUAAUCUUUUAGCAGCGGCAGUCUUUAUUUGUUAUUUUCUGCUGAUGUAGUAACGGUAAAGUUACCGUAAGUAUGUUUUAUCUAUAGGCGGUAUAUCUAUAGGCCUCCUCUUCGAUAAUGAUAAAUAUUUCUAAGUUUAUCAUUGUUAAGCUAAAAUUUAAAGACUGAUCUGUAUACAAUUGAUAGCGAGGAAUCGAGGCCUUUAAAUUGAUAAAUUAGACCGGAGUUGACAAAAUUUAUAUUUACCGCAGAAAGUCACGCCGUUGAGAACUCGAAGUUUUACACAGACCUAAAAAACAAUUUUAAUAUCUGGUUAAAAAGUUUGUUGCUAGGGGUGCAGGUUAAGUUAUGCUGUCUCUCUCCGGACAGCAAGUAUUAUAGUUUAUAUAAAUAGUAUUAUACUUAUGAUGAUUAUCUUUUUUUCUUGUUAUUUUAAGAUGGCGUCAUUUUAGAUGUUCGUAUUUUAAGAUCAUGACAAGGCAGUGUAUGAUGUUGACUGUACGAGACGCUGUGACCCCUGGACGGUUUUGUGUAAAUUAUUUCUUUUUUAUUUGUAUGUGGACCUUCGUUUUUGUAUAAUUUUUUCUUUUGAGUUUUUUUAAGCCUAAUAGGUUAUGUUAAACGCAGGAGAGCCGAGCUAAUGUGUACUUACAGUGAUUACUCACAGCAAUAGUAUAUGAAGCUAUGUAUUUAUUCACUAGGUGAAGUUGGGACCUUCACGAGCGGUAAAACAGUUUAAUGUGUGCCAAUUGGCAGGUACCCGGUGCUCAAAAUUCAAAUUGGCGCAAUUAAUAAAUUGUUAUUUCCAAAGUUGCGAGUAAAAACUCAUAAACAUGUAUUAAAUAUAUAUUUGAGAUAGUUGGUUGGGGCGACAAAAUGUCGUGUAAAAAUAUUAAAGCUCAGUUCAAAACCGUUGUGGCCAAAAUUGAAAAUAGUAAAAUAAUAGCGCACAAUGUUUCAGCAACGAUUUAAAGAGAUUAUCCAAACAAAUUAUGAUACAUUAUUAUUUUGUUAUGUUGUGUCUAUGCGUGUUUACCACAGAAAUAACAUAAUAUAUAAAAUCCAAUUUCAAAACAUAGUUAAUUUAAAGAUUUAUGUUAAUACUGUAUCUUUUUCAUAUACGGAACAUAAUCGGUGCUAAGAGUAAACCAAGUGCUAAAUAAUAAUUAUCUAUAUUCCUAUAUACCUACUACAUGAAUUUGUAUAAUCCUUUUUACUGUAAUGUCAAUUUUAUAAGCAGAAUUAAUUAUAAAUUGUAUAAAUUUGACAAUAAUAAAUGAGAUGUUUUUACCUUACCGUUGGAAUUUAUGUAAACGAUGCAAUAAUUAAUAAUUAAAAUUAUACUAAGGAUAUACUGUAGAAUUCGAUUGUUACUAUAAAACGAUGCUCUCACAUGUUGUCAUAAGUGAUUAGGUGUAAGUGCCUUGUUGUUUGGCAGUUCCACGAUGUGUCGCGAGUCGAUGCGCUCGGAUCAAAUGUUGCAAUUAUAAAAGUUGAACAGAAAUAAAUGUCUAUUUUACUAUUUUCA